AUGGUAGAAAGAGAGGCAUUGGCAAGUGUUAGUUUUGGUUUUGAAAGUGCUUUGCUUAGCAGAUUUGGGGAGCUGGAUUAUGUGGCUGGGUUAGGCCUGUUUCACCACUCGAGGUGCUCAGUUGUUUCAGAGGGCAUUAUAGCUGAGUUUCACAGGGAUAUCAAAGAUGUCCAUGGUAAUAAUGACCAUGAUAGUGAAGAAGGGGCAAAAAUCUUAAGGAUGCUUGAGACAGCUACUAAACCAGAAGUUCUAAUGGCCGAGAUGAGUUCAGAGCAACUAACUUCUUUUGCUACUUAUCAAGCACUCACACAGUCAGAUAUGCAGAAAUCAAUUGAGAAAGCUCUCAACGAGGCUGGCUUAAGUAGGAGCUUAGGGAG